AUGGAAGUUUUAAGUAAAAGACAACCACCUUCUUGUGAUGCUUGUAGAACAAGAAAAUUAAAAUGUGCAGGAAGACCGGAACGUAUAGAAUUAGGUCCUGAAGCAAUAGCUUUAAUACCUUGUGAUCAUUGUAGAGAAUGGGGAUUAGAUUGUUCUUAUUUAUAUCAAAGGAAAAGAAGAGGUAGGAAAAAUCUUGUGGUGGAAAGGUUAGCGGAAGAACAGAAGAAAAGGAAAUCUGAUUUGACUCGAGCGACUUUUUCAGACCCUCGAGAUCCAGCAAAUAACAUCGAUAUAAUCCCUCCUGUAUUCCAAUUCCCCUCUCAAUCCUACAUCUCGUCUCCUCCCAAAACAAUCUUCAUGUCUCAACCUACUGAAUUGUCAUAUGAUAAAUCACCCUGGACAUCCACUUCCCUCCCCUCUGCGACCGCAGGUCCCAGCUCAGCAGGUCCCUCUCUCCCCAACAUGUCAAAUCCUUUGAUACCCCCCACAGUGAGUAUGCCCCCCCUGGACCGUGUGCGAGCUAGUAGUGCUGGAGUUGGAACUUUAGGAGUGUUAGGAGGGGUCGGAUCAUUAGGUGGACCAGCUAAUGAUCCUUCUCCAAGUACGGUGUUUAGUGAACCUAGUAUAGGACCAGGAGCUACAGGUUUAGGAAAUAUGGGUCCAGGUGGGAUGGCUAUUGAAACUGUUUUACCGAGGGAAUUAGCUUUACAUGUCAUUGCUUUAUUCUUUGAACAUAUAUACUGUAUCAUCCCUAUAAUUCACCGUCCUACAUUCAUGGCAGAUCUAGCAGCGCACGAAGAAGAGAAAUCACCUAUUUUCUUCGGUUUGGUAAUGUCAAUGAUUGCGAUUACUUUGAUACAUGUACCGAAAUCUUUCUUCCCCAUUCCUGCCGAAUCAGUUCGGAGACUCUCAGACCAUUGCUUGAAAUAUUCGUAUGCUCUUACACGACGGGCGGCCGAUCAGCCGAAUAUCGAUUAUCUGUGUAUCAAGUAUUUUCAGAGUAUCAUACAUAAUAAACACGGUCAAACAGGCUUGGAAGCUGCCGGGUUCGGUGAGAUGCAAUAUCUAGCCGUUGGUAUGGGGUAUCAUCGAGAAGAAGUGAACCCUAUCGAAGCUGAACGUCGUCGAAGAAUGUUCUUCACUAUCUACAAUGCCGAUAAACAUGAAGCCCUCGCCCGUGGAAGACCAGUGAUGAUGCGUUCCGACGAAUUCAUGAGACCACCAGAGACGGUAGCUUUGCCUACGGAAUUGGAUGAUAAGUGUAUCACUGAAAAUGGGUAUCUACCAGGGAGUACUGUGGUACCUUUGAUUUGUGGAUUUAAUGAUAUGACUAGGAUGGCUAGUGUUCUCGGUGAUAUAUUGGUGCACGAACGUGAUAUGCGACGGAAUCCUCCAAACGAACCGGAACAGAUGUUAGCUGCUCUUCGAGAAGUACGAACUAUGCAAGCUCGACUCAAGUCCAUAGCGGAUAAGUUACCCAGACCUUUCCAGUUGGAUGGGGAUGGAGAUGGAGAAGACUUAUUACCUCAACCAGGAUGGGAGAUUGCCAUUCGGGAUGAACUGGACAUGUUCUUUUCUGAUCCUCUUGCUAGUGAGAGUGCCAAAGAUGGAUAUUUAGUGAUGAAGGCAAAUAUCCAUGUGACAUUGGCCAUGAUCAGAUUGCGAUUGAUCUUACACCGGGAAGACCUCCUCAAUCGGAGCGGCGCCAUCGGUACUCCUAGCAGACAUGCGGCCGAGCUUGUAGCUAGUGAUCUUGGAGAAAGUGUCGAUUGGCGCCAUUUGGUAUACCAAGAUUUGUUCAAGGCCGUGCAUGGGAUACCUAUCCAGGCCCUAGCCGCCAAUGGUCCAUCGUUAGUGACCAAGAUCCGAGUGGUCGCCGUUACUCUCCUGGACGCUUUGCCAGCGCAAGAUUAUGAUCAUUCCAAUGUCCAAGGCAUAGCAGCUUACUUGUUGGACUUUUUAAAUAUAAUGACUAGUAUCGAGAACCAAUUCGCGGAUUAG